UCUAGUAGAUAAGAUACACACAAUUGAUUUCUGCAACUUUCUUAAGAUUCAAAUUCAACCAGGAAAUGAUAUCUUUUUGGAUUUUGGAACAUAAAUCGUUAUCAUUACUUACAGUCGUGAGAUAAAGGUGAAAAAGUUCCUAUAAAAGGGAGAAACCCCUGACUAUUGGCAUCAGUCAUUCAUUGAACACAAUUCAAAAUGAAUCUAAGUUGGAUUGUUUUAGGGACUCUUGUUUCCCUUGUUGCAUCUGCCCCUGAGGGUAGAAAAAGUUCCGUGACCACGGAAUCAAUUGUUAAAGGAUAUGGAUAUCCUUUUGAAAAGUUCACCGUUCAAACAUCUGAUGGCUACAAAUUAGGCCUUCACCGAAUUCCCUAUUCACCCAAACAGAACGCAACUGGAGAAGAAGCACCAAAUACACGCCCAGUUGUUUUUCUAAUGCACGGUCUACUCAGUUCAUCCGCUGAUUGGGUUGUAAUUGGCCCUGAACACAAUGCCCUCGCUUUCGUUCUCUCCGAUGCUGGUUACGAUGUUUGGUUGGGCAAUGCUCGUGGAAACGUCUAUUCUAAAAAACACGUUCUGAAGAGCCCGCUGAUGAAGAGUUUCUGGAACUUUGAUUGGCAUGAAAUUGGCAUGUAUGACUUGCCAGCUAUGAUUGACCAAAUUCGCACUACGACCGGACAGGAAAAGAUCAUCUAUGUUGGCCACUCCCAAGGAAGCACUUCAUUCCUUGUAUUGAACUCAUUGAACCACGACUUCAAGUAUCGCAUCAAGUCUGCUCAUUUCUUGGCACCAUUGGUUUACACAUCACACUCCAAGUCUCCGCUUUUCCAAUUGGGUACGUUAAUGGGACUACCAAACUAUUCACCUUAUCUUACUGGCAGCAUGGAACUUUUACCAAAUACGAAAUUCUUAGAACUACUUGGUAAGGGAGUGUGUCAAAAAACAUCACCCGUUAUUCAAGUCUGUUCAAGUCCUUCCUACCUUCUUGGAGGCUUUGAUACUGAAAAUCUUAAUGUCGACAAAGUACCUGAUGUUAUUGCUGUGAAUCCAGCUGGAUCGUCUGUCAAUCAAGUCUACCAUUUCAUGCAGGUGAAGAACUCUGGAAAAUUCCGUCAAUUUGACUAUGGUAUAGCUCGUAAUUUGGUGAAAUAUAGCAGCGCCAAGCCACCACACUAUCCACUUGAUAAAAUCGAUGUUCCAAUCUAUUUGUACUCUGCUCAAAAUGAUUAUUUGGCUACAGAAGCUGAUACCGAGAGACUUAUUAAGGAACUGCCUGCAACAAGUUUAAAACAAACUUAUGUGGCUCCACACCCGAAAUGGAAUCAUUUUGACUUUUUGUGGGGACUGAAUGUUAAAGAACAAGUCUAUGAUACUCUUGUCGAGAACAUGGCUGAAAUUCAAUAAUGAGAAACAGUUUUAUAACUUUUCUAAUUAAAAUUGUUCGUUUUGUUACAAUAGUAAUAAAAUAAUAUACUGAUAGUGUAUUGAGCAUAAAUGAAAUGCAUUUGCAUUUUUUUGUUUUUAUUUUGUAGAAGUCUGUUUGUUGGUAAAAAGGCUAUAACGAAUGCUCAAAUCAAUCGACUCUUUUGGGCCUUGUGAUUUUGAUAUUUUAGAUUUGAGUAAGAGAAAAAUUAUCAAAGCUGCGCUGUGUUGUAAACUCCAAUUAUGUUGGAACUUUGAAAGGUGAUCUUGUUUUUCACAGAAACUUGCAUUAUAGAAGUGCAAACUAUUACAAAAGAAGCACAAACAAAUCUUUGUCAUUGAGAUAUUGUUCAAAGUAAGCCUAAAAAAGUAUUAAUUUGAUGACUCACUCUUGCAGAACGACAUGGUGUGUGCUGAAAAUACAGUAAAGAUAUCAGUUGUAUACGUUUCGAAGGCGUGGUAACAACACAUUUUCAAUAAAUUAUCAAAAAUAUCUAUAAAAUGUGGAAGAGAUCCAAAAACCAAAAACAUUUCAAUAUAAGGGCGUGGUUUGUGUGACUGUGCUUAUACUACUACUUUAUCUAUAAAAGUACUUUAUAUUAAUGAAUGUAUUGAAUGUAUAUUUCUCAUCAAAAUACAUAGUUACGAAAAUCUAAAUCAAGUGAUGUGGUUUUGCAGGCGAAUAAAGUUCAGUAGGUAUAGUCAAAAAAUGGCUGAGAUUUUAAAUUGAAGAAAUUGCUUUUGCAUUGAAAUUAAAAAAUAAAAUACUUGCUAUCUCUAUUGUGAAUUCGAAACGAUCCUUUUGUCUGUUUCCUUCGUACUCUUAUUGAGUCCGCUAAGCUACUUUUAUUUUUAUUGUAUCAAGAGUUACCACUUUUAAUGAUUUGAAAACGAAAAAUUAAAACGAUU